CUAGCUACUGCUUAAAAAGCCAUUGCUUCCAACUUGUUCUCUCUCUGUUCUAUAACAAGCCACCAAGAAAAUAAACCACCAUAUCCACUUAACACAACAACAUGAAAAGAAUGAAUUUAUUCUGUUCUUCCUCUGGUUCCACAGCAAUAACUUCUAGUAUGGAAAAUCGUUCUUUGGUACGCAGAAGCACCAAAAGCUAUGACCAUGAUAGAAGAAAAAACAAACUUCAUGUCCCUUGUUCAUCUGAAUUUCCCAUCAAUCCUAAACCUUACUUCGAGAAGCAUAGAAAAAGUUCAGCUGAUAAGCAAAACAGUGACAUUCGUAGAAAAAGCUCGGUUGAAGUCAACGACCUAUAUACUCAUCCCAAUACUACUGGUUCAUCCAGAAGAUAUCUCCUUGGUGACGCGCCAUUCAUUGAUUGGAUAUCUGAGUCUGAUAAAAUCACAGCAAUGGUUCCUUCUCAGCAUGAUGCCAAAGCCAAGUCCAUGGUUAUGAACAGAAACAACGAUUCUCCUGCUCUUAGGUCCUCUUCUUCAGGUCACUCCAGGAACCAGCUUGUGGUUUUGAGGGUGUCAUUGAACUGCAAGGCCUGCGAAGGAAAAGUUAGGAAACAUAUUUCAAAAAUGGAAGGAGUGACAUCAUUCAGCAUAGACUUGGAGACCAAGAAAGUGACCAUAAAGGGAAACGUGACGCCACAAAGUGUACUUGCGAGUAUAUCCAAGGUGAAGAAUGCACAGCUAUGGCCAUCUUCAUCAGUACUGCCAUCAUCUUCUACGCCAACUUCUCCAUGGUCUACAUAAUCUGUUAUCAAUUAACAUAAAAUUUCUUUCACCCCUCUCUCUCUCUCUAUUUUGUUUACUGUUGUUUGUUUGAUAAACCCUCCGGGAAGUGCGUGUUUGUAUGAUUACAAGUUUGAUCACUUGUCAAGCUUAA